GAUCCAAGAUGGCAGACCAAGCGGAGAUGUGCUGAAGUUCACUUUUAACGCUGGAGCUCGCCGUCCUCCAUCAUUCCUCCCGCCGGGUCGGUGUGUGUGUGUGUUGAGAGCGAACGCCGUUGGUACACGAGCUGCAGCAUUCUGGAUUCAACUGGAGGGACUUAGGAGACGUAUGAAGAAUAUGCGGUCUGGAUCACAGGGUUUUCAGAUCUGCGGUGUUUUCCAGGUAUCUUUCUGGGAUGUCCUGGCUCGGUGGCCUGAGGGGGCUCGGCCCUGAAGCGCAGACCACCAGCACAGGCGGUUCCACCGCCGAGCGCCGACACAAGCCUCUACAGAUGGACACAUCCACAUGUACAGACGCCUGCACAGCUGCUUGAGCGCGCGCGAGAGAGAGAGAACUGACCCGACCCGUCGGCAAACCUCUCCCUCUUCGAUCGCCUUAUAUUUGACAUUCCAUCCAUCCAUCAAACACUCAUCCAUCCUUCCCUCCUUCCAUUCAAUCGUCUCGAGUGUAUUACGCGCUGCAGGGCUAGAAGUGGAGAGCAGGUAAUGGAUGACGCUGGCCAUGGUGACCUAGUGUAAAUGGCGAUUCCUCUGCACAGCUCAGUGCCAGUAUCUCCUGCUCAAUCUUCCUCCUCUUCCCACCCCUCCUCUACCUCUCUGCUCUCCCGCUGCGCUCUGCCCGGCCCCGCCCCUCCCCUCCAACACCAUGGUAGGUGCAGGCCUGGGCGUGUGGAAGUUAAUGCGAGGCGUCCGCCAGCUGGAGCUCCACCGCCUCAUCCUGGCACUUAUCAUCUUCUGCCUGCUGUCCAUGGCCUUCCUCGCGUACUACGUCUCCAACAGCCCCAAAAUCAAGGAGGCCCCCCCGUUGCCCUUCAGUGACUGCGGCGGAGGGGGGGGGAUGCCUCCGGGAGCGAGCACCGGGGCGGACGGGGGCGGUCCCGGGGUCCAGAGGACGCCGCUUUUCCUCCCCCAGCAACAAGGCCGACUACGGCAGGUAAAGGCGGUGGACAAUUCCAGGACGGAGCCUGUGGUUCUGGUGUUCGUGGAGAGCCUCUACUCCCAGCUGGGCCAGGAGAUCGUGGCCAUAUUGGAGUCCAGCCGCUUCCACUACCGAACUGCGAUCGCUCCCGGUAAAGGAGACAUGCCCACGCUGACGGAGCGUAACCGUGGGCGCUACACACUGAUCAUCUACGAAAAUGUGUUGAAAUAUGUCAAUCUGGAUGCAUGGAACCGCGACUUGCUGGACAAGUACUGUGUCGAGUAUGGAGUAGGCGUCAUCGGCUUUUUCAAAGCGAACGAAAACUCUCUCCUGAGUGCACAGCUCAAAGGUUUCCCCCUCUUUCUCCACUCACACCUGGGACUCCGGGACUACCGCAUCAACCCCAACGCUCCCCUCCUCUUCAUCACUAAGCCCAACCAGGUGGAGCAGGGCUCCCUACCAGGGGAUGACUGGACCGUUUUCCAGUCCAACCACUCUACCUAUGAACCAGUGCUUUUGGCCAGUACCAAGUCCUCUGAAGCACUGGCGCACUUUGGACCCGGCCCCUCCCGGGCCCUCCACGCCACCGUGGUCCAGGACUUGGGGCUCCACGACGGCAUUCAAAGGGUUCUCUUUGGAAACAACCUCAACUACUGGCUUCACAAGCUGGUGUUUGUGGACUCCAUUGCCUACCUGACGGGGAGGAGACUGUGCUUGUCCUUGGACCGCCACAUCCUGGUGGACGUGGACGACAUAUUCGUCGGCAAGGAAGGAACCCGUAUGAAGGUGUCGGACGUGGAGGCAUUGCUCAACACUCAAAGCAAGCUGAGAGCGCUGGUCCCGAAUUUCACCUUCAAUUUGGGAUUUUCCGGAAAGUUCUAUCACACAGGAACGGAUGAAGAGGACCGGGGAGACGACAUGCUGCUGCAGCACAGGAUGGACUUCUGGUGGUUCCCUCACAUGUGGAGCCACAUGCAGCCGCACCUCUUCCACAACGUCAGCGUCCUGGCGGAGCAGAUGAGGCUCAACAAGGUCUUCGCUCAGGAGCAUGGCAUCCCAACUGACAUGGGCUAUGCGGUGGCGCCGCACCACUCUGGGGUGUACCCCGUUCACAGCCAGCUCUAUGAGGCCUGGAAGUCUGUGUGGGGCAUCAAGGUGACCAGCACCGAGGAGUACCCUCACCUGAGGCCGGCGCGGUACCGCCGCGGCUUCAUCCACAAUGAGAUCCAGGUGUUGCCCAGGCAGACCUGUGGUCUGUUCACCCACACCAUCUUCUAUAACGAAUACCCGGGAGGCUCCAAGGAGCUAGACAAGAGCAUCCGAGGAGGAGAGCUCUUCCUCACGGUCCUCCUCAACCCUAUCAGCAUCUUCAUGACUCACCUGUCGAACUACGGCAACGACCGCCUGGGCCUGUACACCUUCGAGUCUCUGGUGAAGUUCGUCCAGUGUUGGACGAACCUCCGGCUGCAGACGCUGCCCCCCGUGCAGCUCGCCGACAAGUACUUCCAGAUCUUCCCCGAGGAGAGGGACCCCCUCUGGCAGAACCCGUGUCACGACAAGAGACACAAGGAUAUCUGGUCGAAGGAAAAGACGUGUGACCGCCUCCCCAAGUUCAUCGUCAUCGGACCACAGAAAACAGGCACGACGGCGCUUCACUCAUUCCUGAGCCUCCACCCGGCGGUCACCAGCUCCUUCCCCAGCCCCAGCACCUUUGAGGAGAUCCAGUUCUUCAGUGGAGCGAACUACGACAACGGGAUUGACUGGUACAUGGACUUCUUCCCAUUCCCUUCCAAUGUCAGCACGGAUUUCAUGUUCGAGAAGAGCGCCAACUACUUCCACACGGAGGCGGCGCCCAAGAGAGCCGCGGCCCUGCUCCCCAGGGCCAAAGUCCUGGCGGUGCUCAUCAACCCGUCGGACAGGGCGUACUCCUGGUACCAGCACCAGCGGGCCCACCAGGACCCUGCCGCCCUCAACAACACGUUCCAUGCGGUGGUGACGGCGGGCCCCUCCGGCCCCCGGGCCCUGCUGGCCCUCCAGAGGCGCUGCCUCCACCCGGGGGCCUACGCGCCUCACCUGGAGCGCUGGCUGCAGCACUACCAGCACGGCCAGUUGCACAUCGUGGACGGCACUCUGCUGCGGUCCAACCCGGCGAUGGUGAUGGAGGGAAUCCAGAGAUUCCUCGGUGUCACGCCCAUCUUCAACUACACCCAGGCUCUAAUGUACGACGAGGCCAAAGGCUUCUGGUGUCAGCGGGCGGAGGGCGGCCGGACCAAGUGCCUGGGCAAGAGCAAAGGCAGGAAGUACCCGGACAUGAGCCCCGAGUCGCGUGCCUUCCUGGCCGAUCACUACCGCGAGCACAACAUGGAGCUGCUGCGCCUGCUGAACCGUCUGGGCCACUUGCUGCCCUCCUGGCUCCGCCAAGAACUCCAGAGCACGAGCUGGAGCUGAGGCCACGCCCCCCCCACCCCGCCCCCCCGCUCACUCACACAGACGCCCCCCCCCCCCCCUCUCUGGAUGAGCCCGCGCCGCACUCGUACUCUGGAUUAAGACGUGACGAGCCGAUCGCGAAUCCAUGGCAGUGGGGUGGGGGGGGGGGGGGCACUGACCCCGUCACUGGGGGACCAGCAGGUUUUGGGGCAUGAAGAACGGACCGGUCGGCCUCAAUGCGAGGAGAGAGGGAGAACGUGCUGGACACACACACACACACACACUCUGACAUGCACACACACACACACACACACACACUCUGACAUGCACACACACACACUCUGACAUGCACACACACACACUCGUCUCAUCUGUCAAAAGCAGCUGUCGUAGUUCGGUCUGAGGACCAGGUGAGGACCAAAAUGUCCUUCAGCUUGAAGAAGACGGUUCAAAGAGACACAUCCUGGUACACACACGCACACACACACACGUCUACCUACCGUCGUCUCCCAGGCCGCUCGCUGCGCUGACGGAUGUUUUAUAAAGAGUUGGAUGACGGGUCGUGUAAAUCAUGCGGUUCGGUACGUGACUGGAGGCCGGGUGUCUAGGCUCCGCCCCCUUUUCGAGCUGCCGGUCAACGCCGCGCUCCGCGCUGGCUGAGCUCCGCCCUCCAUUCUGCUGAGCGCGGCUCGUGUUGUCAGGCCGGAUUACUGCUCUUCAUACUUCUGGGUCGGAACAUUUAAGGUUCACGCCGGGGUCCACCCCCGAGCCGCUGAGGCUCAUGGGUAACGUCGUGUGAAGGGCGGCUCUCCGUACCGAGCUGACGAGUGCGGCACAGUUUCCAAGAGGCUUGAGUGCCGUGAUUAUCACACACAAAACCUCUAACUUCCAUUGGUCACCACGGUGACCCUUGCGGGCUUUCUAGGAAUGCACUUCUAUAAAGUUCGUGGACUCCCGAUAAAGAGAGAGAGAUUUAUUUUUUUAACGGUGUGCUGAGAUGUUCUGAUCGUCUUCCUGUCUGGUGAAUCGCUCCGAUGUGUGUUCAGAGUCUCCAACACCGAUGAAGCUCCUCCAGAACCACAGACCUCAUUCAACUGACUCCACAGACCCACGGCCGACUAGCACCUGGACCCGGGACCUGAGUCGGGCCGAGUGGACCUGGACGAUGGGAGAGGUGGGACUUGUUGGUCUUGUUUGUGUCUUCUUCUUUUUUUGUCAUCAGAAUGUUCUUUUCACCAGUUUCAUAGUGAUGACUAGUGAUGGGCUCCAGGGCCCGGUCCUGGUCCUGGUCCUGGACCAGAGCUGGUCAAACCAACUGGGGGUUUGUGAGACUCUGUGGGGGGGAUGAGCACCUCGGCCAAUCAGAGGAGCUGAUUGGCCCACACACACACACACUCACACUCUUGUGCCCAUCGGAGGUCGGAGUCGGCAUGGAGACGAAUCAGAAGCUGCUGUCUUGUUUGUUUUUUGAAUAAAUGUCAAAAAGGCCAACACUGUAUCAUCUCUAAUAAACAGAGAGGUUGGAAACCAUG